AUGUUCAACUUGUCCCCUGUGUCACGGUGUCUAGCCCUUGCCCUCAUCCUGUCUUCUCUGGCAGCAUUCGCCAACGCUGGCUGCUAUAUGGGACCAAAGAAGGUGGGAGCCCAGGACCCGUGCCAAGAUGACACUGAUAAGGACUGGCAUGAGGUGGGCUCCUCGUGGACCAACAGCCAGUGCAUACAGUGCUCCUGUGGAACCAGCAGAAUGAGCUGCUGUCACCGUAUGGGGAGGCCUUCUGGAUUCCCUGAGGACUGUGAGGUGCUUCGCGACUGGAAGCAGUGCACUUUUGAAGUGGUGAAGAAGAAUGAUCACAGCGUGCAUUGUCCCCAUGUGGCUGUUGGCAAAUGAGCUUGUGAAGAGUGAUAUACAGUGCAUGCC